GAAUACCUAUGGAGGUGUCCUCUGAGCAUCUUGACAAGGGCUGUAACCCCUGGAGGAGGCUCCUGCUCACAGCCUCCCUCUUAACCUGCUGCCUCCUGCCCACCAUUGCACAAGUCACCGUGGAAUAUUCACCAUCCCACGUGGUUGAAGGAGAAAAUGUUGUUCUACGUGUUGACAGUCUGCCAGAGAAUCUUCGAACCAUUGUCUGGUUCAAAGAGGAGACAGACUCGAGGCACGCAAUAAUACUGUAUUCGCUGGCCUAUGACCUACUUGUGACAGGGCAUGUGCACAGUGGUAGAGAGAGAUUGUCCAGAAAUGGGUCCCUGUGGAUCGAAAAUGUCACCCAGAAGGACACAGGAUUCUACAUUCUUCAAACCAGAAGGGAACAUGGAGAAAUUGUAUCAAAUGUACCCGUGUAUAUUCAAGUGCACUCCUCUCGCUACAUCUGCGGCCGUCCAUCUCCACCUGUACAGCCCACUGUUGAGUCAGUGCCGCCCAGCGUUGCUGAGGGGGGAAGCAUUCUUCUCCUUGUUCACAAUCUUCCAGAGCAUCUUCAGUCCUUCUUCUGGUACAAAGGGCUGAUUGUAUUCAACAAGGUUGAGAUUGCCCGCUACAGAACAGCCAAGAAUUCAAGUGAGCUGGGCCCUGCCCACAGUGGUCGAGAAACGGUGUUCAGCAAUGGCUCCCUGUUGCUGCAGAAUGUCACCUGGAAAGACACGGGAUUCUACACCCUACGAACUCUGAAUAUGCAUAAGAAAAUGGAAUUAGCACACUUUUACCUCCAGGUGGACACCUCCCUUUCCUUGUGCUGUGACCCUCUCACCUCUGCCCAACUCACGAUCGAGCCAGUGCCAGUACAUGCUGCUGAAGGGGGCAGUGUUCUUCUCCAGGUCCGUAAUCUGCCAGAAGAGCUGCAAACCUUUUCCUGGUACAAAGGAGUGUAUAGCACUGAGGCCUUUAAAAUUACAGAAUACAGCGUAGCGACGAAGUCCAUCUCUAGCGGCCGUGCACACAGCAGAAGAGAGAAAGGGUACACCAAUGGAUCCCUGCUGCUCCAGAAUGUCACCGAGAAGGACUCGGGCUUGUACACACUCGUAACGACAGACAGCAAUUUCAAAAUUGAAACAGCACACGUACAAGUCAACGUGCACAAGCUUGCCACACAGCCUUUCAUGAGAGCCACGGCCAGCAGCGUCAGAGUGCAGAGCUCAGUGGUCUUCACUUGCUUCUCAGACAUCACUGGGGUCUCCAUCCGUUGGCUCUUCAAUAAUCACAGUCUGCAGCUCACAGAGAGGAUGACCCUGUCCCCGUCAAAGUGCCAACUCAGGAUUCAUGCUGUCAGGGAGGAGGAUGCUGGAGCGUAUCAAUGUGAGGCCUUCAACCCAGUCAGCUCGAAGCCCAGUCUCCCUGUCAGCCUGGUGGUGACGAAGGAGUGA